UCGGUAUUGGCAAUCGACAAUCGACNGCAACAGCAACAACAAGUGCAGCAACAGCAGCAAGUACUGCAUUUGCAACAAAACGUGAAUUUGCCACAGCAACUAGAAAACCCAAAUUCAUUAAAAAAAUAUCGGUAUCAACGCAUCCCAGUAGCGUCUGGUAGAAAAUCGAAUUUUUUUAAAUCAACCACAGCAACAACAACUGGCGAAAAAAUGCAAACAAGCGACGAUGCAAAAUUUAUAAAAAAACGAUGGAAAGGCGGCACAAUUGAACCACAUCCAACAGAUAAGGCAUUAAUUGUCAACUAUCAACUGGAAGCGACGGUCUUCGGCGAACAAUCAAGCAAUCCGAUGAUUGAAGAGAAAAAGGGAGCGCUAAGAACCACACCAACAACUGCUCUUGAAUUCAUCCUCAGCCUGCCGAUCAUCGUCCUACUUGAGGAAAGCUUUGCUGCUAAAUCCGAGGAUGAAUUGGCGGCAAUAAGGCACAAUUGGGGAAAACCCGCAGGUAUACUACAGGCUAUGGUGUAUCCCAUCUUACUGAAAAAAAAUGAGUAA